AUGUUUCGCAGUCGCAUAUCGUCAGCAUCCUGCGCUGUUGGGCGCUCGAAUCUCACUGCACGGUCAAUUUCGAGUCGGACCUUCGCAACCGCAUCACCCGUGAGCUCUGCAACUCGGAAUCACAAGGUCGUGGUGGUCGGUGGUGGUACCGCUGGACUGGCAAUUAGCCAUCAGCUUCUCCGAUCGGGCAAAUUCGCGCAGGACGACAUCGCCGUGGUCGACCCCGCGGCGUGGCAUCACUACCAGCCCGGGUGGACUCUGGUCGGCGGUGGACUGAAGCACAAGGAUGAGCUGCGGCGGCCAAUGAAGGCCUUGAUUGAUCCUCAGCUCAAGUUCUAUAACAAUGGCGUUGGUACCUUCGCCCCCGAAGAGAAUGCAGUCACCCUGGCGAAUGGUGACCGCGUCGGCUACGAGCAGCUGAUCGUGGUACCCGGCAUCAGCGUCAACUAUGGCAACAUCAAGGGCUUGCCCGAGGCCCUCGCCGACCAGAACUCGUUUGUCUCAUCCAUUUAUGGCUAUGACACGUGCGACAAGGCCUUCCGCUCCAUCCAAAGACUCCAAAAAGGAAAGGCCAUCUUCACCCAGCCCACCGGCGUGAUCAAGUGCGCGGGCGCCCCCCAGAAAAUCAUGUGGCUGGCCCUGGACCACUGGAAACGCGCCGGCCUGUACAACCCCAGCAACCCGUCCGCGUCCCCGAUCCAGAUCAGCUUCGCCACCGGCCUCCCCGUUAUGUUCGGCGUUCCCAAGUACAGCGCCAAGCUCGAGGAGCUCCGCAAAGAGCGGGGCGUGGAAGGGCUGUUCCAGCACGACCUCAUCUCCAUUGACGGCAACAACGCGACGUUUGCUCGUCCGGACGGCCAGCAGCAGAUCACUAAGCGCUUUGAUCUUCUGCACGUCGCGCCCAAGAUGGGCCCUCACGCGUUCGUCAAGAACAGUGCUCUGGCCAACGAGGCCGGCUUCGUCGAUGUUGACGACGCCACCACCCGCCACAAGAAAUACUCUAAUGUCUGGUCGGCCGGCGAUGCAUCGGGUCUUCCCACCGCCAAGACCGCCGCCGCCGUCACAUCCGAGGCCCCGGUGCUGGUCCGUAACCUCCUCCAGUCGAUCGAGGGCAAGGAGCUCGAUGCCAAAUAUGAUGGUUACACCUCGUGCCCGCUCUUGACCGAGUACGGUAAGGUUCUGCUCGCCGAGUUCAAGUACGGCGGAGAGCCCAAGGAGACGUUCAACGGCUUGUUCGGCAUUGACCAGGCCGCUCCGCGCCGCUCCUUCUACCACCUGAAGAAGGACUUCUUCCCGUGGGUGUACGCCAACUCGAUGGUCAAGGGUACUUGGGGUGGACCUAAGGGCUGGAUUGGUUAG